AUGGGCGCCAAGACCAAAUUGGCGCGGAAAUUAAACCUAGUGAAACCAAAGACCUCUAACUACGAUUUUGACAACCUAAACGAACACUUCGCGAUUCAAAUCGAGAAUUUAACCAAGCGCUUUAAAAAGUUUGAAGCGGUCAAAAAAGUCAACAUCACCGUUUCGCCCGGCGCGAUCCACGGUUUUAUCGGUCCUAACGGAGCUGGUAAAACAACCACGAUUAAAUGUUUGAUUAGCGCGAUGUUGCCGACCGAAGGCAAACUUUUAAUCCAAGGUCUUAAAGCUGAUCGGAUUGAAGCUAAAAAAUUAGUCGGUUACAUACCCGAAUCGGCUCGCUUCCCCAAGCGCAUUUCAGCCCAAGACUAUUUGUACUCAAUGGCGCUGGUCAGCGGUCUUAAGAAGAGAGAGGCGCGCAAAAUCGCCCAGGAAACUUUGCAAAAUUUGGGGCUUUGGGAGUUCCGUCGUCGCGAUCCCAACUCGUAUUCAUCGGGCAUGAAGAAGAAAGUGCUUCUGGCCCAGUCGCUGCUCAACAACCCGAGCGUUUUGAUUUUGGAUGAGCCAGCUGCUAACCUUGACCCAACGGCUCGGUCCGAACUUUUUGAAGAUCUUAAAAAACUGGCUCAACAGGGCAAGUCAAUCUUUAUUUCUUCGCACGUUUUAGCCGAACUCCAGCAGUUAAUUAACGAAGUGACAAUUCUUAACCGCGGUCAAGUUGUCUACAGUUCUAAACUGAGCGACCAGCCAACUAACAAUUACUUAAUCAGCAGCGAUAACCAGAGCAAACUUUUGACUUUGCUGAGAAAACACAAAGUCAAAGCCCAGCAACAGAACGACAAAAUCAUUGUCACAGUUAAGGAGCGCGCCGACCUAGCCAAGGCCGAACAAGAAAUUUUUGCUCAAAUUGCCGAGCAUAACGCCGCCGAUAAAUAUCCGGUUCUAACCGAGGAACAAAUCGAACUAGUAACGCACGCCUACUACCUCAGCGAAACUCUGCGUGUGAGCGAAAAACAAGGCUACCUCGUUCUUUUUACGGGCACUACAGUUGCGGGAUCCUAUGAUACAGCUGCCCAAACCGACGUUAUGCCGCUUUUCACGAUCGGUUCUUUAAUUCAGACCCACAUUUCUCUCUAUCUAGAUGAAAGUCAAUACCAAAAUUACCGUGAUCAAGUUAGCAAAAAGAGAAUCAUGAAGUACUUGAACGUGAUUGAUCAUUUGCCUUUUUUGUGGCGAAACAUGCUUGAAAAUUCUAAUUAUGAUUCCUUGGCCGGCCCAAACAGUGCUCUGCAACUAACCGACAACCCGCGCGUGGUUGAGCAUUUUUAUCUUCAAGAUGAUCAAGAAGGUAAAAAAGUUUACAGGAUUGAUUUAGAUAAACUUGAAUCGGCUCCGCAAAUAGUCAACUACUGGGUAAUUUUAGGUUUUUACUGCGUGCUGGGUGUCGGACUGUUAUUUCUCAAUUGGUACCUAUUUAAGAAACACGAUUUUGCUUAG